AUGGUCGACGCUACCUCGAGCAGACGAGCUCGAGCUACCAACAGCAGCUUUUGGGAGAUUCGGUCACGGAUCCGUAAGAGACUCGGCUCUGCACAAAUGUCAUCUGUGCACCGGAUGACAAAUUUGUGGUCAGUUGACAAUGUCUGCUCAUGGCUGAAGGUCAAUGGAUUGGAAGACUUCACAACAACUUUCAUAGAGAAUGAAAUUGAUGGUGCAACACUGCUGGGAUUAUCCGAACGCAUGUGUGAACGGAUAUUUCCCAAAAUAAAGGAUCAAGUGCGCUUCAUGGCCAUCCUGAGUACCCUGAAAGAAAAAGAGAAUGAAUUUGUUCCUCAUGACGAACCAGAUGUACCUACAAAACCCACCACAGGAUCUUUUCAACUUUGGUUCCCACAGUUCCUUAUCAAUUCUUUAAACAACAAGGACCCUGACCUGAAGUCUCACCAGCGAAACAAAGCGAAAAAUGCACUAGUACAGGCCCUCUACGAUACACUGAGUCUUCAGACCAUGUAUCCAACACACAUCCAGUAUGUGGAUUUGAUGCGAAUGCUUCUCAUGCAGUAUCCAUUUUUGCGUGAGAAAUGUGGAUCAGGAUAUGAUGCUCUGUUGGAGUCACUGCGCAACAAAUUUAAAAAGGAAAGAAUUCCCCUGAUCAGCAACAGUGAAGUUGCAAAAAUGAGGAAGAAAUUCUCAUUACCAAAUGGUGGAAGGAAACCAAGAGCAGGGUCAGAGGGCAGUGAGUCUUCAGUGAAAAAAGUCAGGGUUACCUUGGAGAUGCAUGAUGGAGAAGAUGAGCACAGCAUUCAACACCAUAAAGAAGCAAUGAAAGUAGAAGCUCUAAAACAGAGGCCCAACUACAACCUCAUAAUUAAUGGAAUGGUUAAGACACAAAAAUACAGGGCUAACUUUAUUCAGGAGCAUUCCACAGCUGCAGUCCCUGAGGAGUUUCCAUGUCUACACCAUCCACUGUUGAUUUAG